AUGGCUAGCAGGGGCAAGCUUAUGGGCAAGACCACUUUCACUCCAGUAGAUGGAGGUUUAUCAGGGGUGUCUUGGCGGUCGCCGGAUGAAGACGAGCUCAUGGAGUCAGGUUCGGAGACUGGCCCAUCAUCUUCGGCUAUUCCUUGGUCUCUCUUAGAGCCGGACAUGCAAGACCUGUCCCCAGAAUGCAGGAAGUACAUUCGUUACUUCGAUCUGGAUCUUUCCAGAGAAUCUGUGGAGGUUCAGGAUGAUCCCACAAGGAACAGUGACGCAGUCGUAGCAGCAGUUAUUCUCUUCGUUUGCAUGGAUGUUGUGGAAUUCGGAAGCCAUGGCUGGAAUCACCAUCUCCGGGGUGCUCAAGAGAUGGUACAGAGCCGGAGAUUAUCUGACAUUAGCGAGGAUAACGAAGCCGCGCCGUGGUUGAGAUAUUUUGACACGGCAUGCACGACCUUUGGGAUCUUGGGGGCUACUCUUGCACCGGCCUUGAGCCCCCCCACCAAUCAAUUUCCCAUACUGGAUCCGCUCUUUCUCCAGAACCUUCGGAAUUCCGAAAACCAAACGUGGGUCGGUUGUCCUGCAGAGCUGCUCUACGUCUUAUCUGGUAUCAAUUCCAUGCGCUCGCUGCAUCAUAUGAACGUGGAAAGACGACAAGCCUUAUCAGAUCUAGUCCAAGCCUUGCUCAAUUUCUCGCCAUUGGCGUGGGCUCAAGAUUUUCCAGAUAUCCAGUUCCACGAGUCCCGCUCUCAUCUUGCCCAUGCUUACAAAGCGGGGGUUGAGGUAUACGCAUCACACAUCAUCGGCGCGCCUCCUGGCCAACAUUACUUAUCGUACCCCCACGUGGUCGAAAUAAUGAGGCCUGCGAUGCUCCACCUCCUUGCUGUUCCUGCCGAAGAUUUCCAUAUCAAGAGCUUGGUGUGGCCGGCCUUCAUCCUCGGCGCAGAGGCACAAGAUAUCGAGCUCCAAACAAUGGCACGCACAGUGUUUCAACGUAUUUGGGUGUCUUCAUGUUGUUACAAUGUCAAGAAUGCUGCUGAAAUUCUCGAGAGAAUCUGGGCUCGAGAAGCGGGGGAUGAAUCUAGCAGCUCUUGGCUGAAAUAUGUCUGGCAAUUGGAGGAGACCUGGCUAUUCGUCUAG